CCAUAAUCCUUGCCAGAUUGCCGGAUUAGGCUUAGUCCCCCUCACUGCCAUUCGCUGCCACCUCAAGCUGUGCAGUGCUCAGCAUCAUCAAAUGGUCGCAUGACGAUAUUUUGACUUCCGCAUCCAUCACGUGCUUUCCCUUCCAUUGAGGAGGCCGAUAAACAUGCAGAACUGGCAGCCAAAUGGCCAGGCAGGCUCUCCUCAGGGCCAUAAUAACAUGUGGUCGGGCUCUUAUGGGUUUCCUGAUGGAUCAGCCCAGUUCGAUGCGUCUCAAAAUUGGCAGCAUCAACUUCCCAAUCAAAAUGCCUUCUCUCAUCUUGGUGCCCGAGGUAAUAGUGCUGAGAACAAUCUCUACGCCUCGCCUCAUCAAGCCCAUGCCACUGUGGCGGCGACCGAGCAUAACAGCAUAUCUGCUCUGAACCACGGCAACUUCCACAACGGUCACAGCCAAUUCUCAUUGGAUACGCCUUACACUGACGCCGCGCAAGAGGAUGCGCUGGCUGGUCUCAACGACUUCCCACAGGACAUAUAUGGCCAGCCAGGGAAAGCAGACUUCACGGCCAGCAUUGACGACUUGAACCACGGCCACACGCCUGACUUUACCCAGCAACAAUUCCAGUACAACGCUCAGGCAAACCAGCUGUUUAAUGGCAAUGUACCCCAAUACAAUGAUUCUCAAUUGAUGCCUCAGCAUGGCCAUCAAGCACCAGCACAACUACAACAGCGUUUCGAAUCGGUUCCUCAAUCCUACUCGCCUGCGCCCCAGAGCUAUGUUCCAUCACCACAACAACAUCAGGCCCAGCCUGAGAGAGUCUUCUCCCAGUCGCCCCAUCCCUUCCAGGCUCAACAAUCCCAUCAACAGAGCAACCAGGGAUUUUCCAACCCGACUCCGCCUCCCUUUCAGCAGAACCAGGCCACGCCCUACCAGCAGCAUAAGUUCGUUCCUCAACAGAUGACAUAUACCCAGACUGCAGCGAGGCCUGCGUUUCAGCCUGUCGCUGCGAAACAGGUACCAGACCAAGAGUCAACACUGCAGCGUACACCUCAACCUUUGCCUCAACAGCAACCUGUCCAUCAGGCCAAGGCGGUUCCCUCACCAGCUCGGCCUAUUCAACCGCAACAACAACAACAGCAGCAGCAGCAGCAGCAGCAGCCGCAUCUACAGCACAUUGCGGCGGCUCCUGCUUCUCAGCCUAGCACGCCAACUCUCCAGCCCGAACCCUUGAAGAAGCGUAAACGUGCAACGAAGAAAGAUGGAGAGGUGGAUCGAGCGGAUUCUCCAAAUCCAAAGAGAGAUGACGAUGGCGAAACUUUGGUCUUACCCUCGAGUACCGAAGAAGAGAUCGCAGCCAUGGAGAAGUUUAGAAAACGCAACGCCGCAUCCAAGAAACAGUUCCCGGCUAUCCCCGGUGCAUCAUUCCUCGUUUCUUCGGGCACCGUCAAACUAGCCGCGCCCAAAAGCUACGAUAGACUUGCGCCCCUUGUUGCUUUGCCAUCAACCAGUGGACGACCCAUUCUUCCUGAACUCGGCCGAGACCUUCCUUGCGAGAUCCAAGGCAGGUUCACCGACAAAUAUAGACCAUCCAUGAACUUUGUUGGACAGCCAGGGGAUCGGGAGGCGGAGGCCAAGGAUCUUAUUGAGCAAUACGGACGCGAGAUGGGGGACCUCAAAUCUGGCCGGCCUAAAUACUCAGAAUUCCCUUUCACAUUCCAGGAACAACUGAAGGCGGACGAAGCAGCCAAGUCCAAGGCCCAGAGGAAGGCCCGUAAAGAAGAGGAGGAAGAGCGAAAACGGCCCAUCCGUCCUGAGACGCGGCCUGCUGAUCCUGUAGAAGCUGCCGUAUGGGAUAUACUAGGCAUUGUCUACAUUGAUCCUUCGGCCACCAGAACGACUGCCCUUCUAGGUACUGCUGUACAGGGCCUAGGCGAAUUCCUUGUCAAGCUCAGGUCGGAGGUGAACCGACUGAAACAGGAGGUCGACCAGGCCAACAAAGAAAAGAAAUCUGCAUCGGUUAUUGAUGAAUGGAAUAGUAAGAUGGAUCUGAAGAGGGAGAUCUUCACUAGGGUCUGCGAGGCGGCAGCCAAGCACGGCGAUGAGGCCGUGUUGGAGAACUUUGGUGGCCACCAGAAGGGCAUACUGAGUUUGGUCAACAUGCUAAUUGGCUGCAUCAAGGCAGCCGACUUCAGCGGGCCCUUGCCAAAGGCCCUUCUUCGCUUCAUGUCCAACAUCAGCGUACACAAAAAAGUUGCAGAGGCUGUUAACCUUGAAAAUGUCCGAAAGCGGUUUGCAGACAAGGGCGACGACGAGGUCAAGGAACUGGUUCGUACGAUCGCGUCUCGAAUCAAGAAGGAUGUGGAACCGAUCAACGGCACCGAAGUCAAGAAGACGCCGUCGGCAGCCUCAAUCAGCAAAACACCAAAGCCCGCUGCGAAGCCACUUGAUGGCUCCCCCGCAAAAAGAGCGCGCGACGAUGACAGCGACUCUCGCACUGUCAAGAAGGUGGCCACCGAAUCAGCGAAUAACGGUCUGGGUAACAAGCUGGGGUCAAAACCUGCCGGGUCCCUUCAAUCCAAGUUUGGCGCUACAAAGCCUCGCCCGACAGCUUCGGCUUCUCUCGCAGCGCCAUCCGCGCCAAAGGCUGAGCCGAAAGUGCCUGCCACCAAGGCCGUUGCAAGUUCAAGCCUAGCCUCUUCCAGCAUCGCCUCGCUCCUUGACUCCAUCAAUACGCCUAAAGCUGACGGUCCCUCUACGCAAGCGAAGGACUCUGGCAAGAAGGAAAUCUCAGAGACUCCUGAAGAGAAGGAAAAACGACUCCGAAAAGAAGCUCGCCGCAAGCUUCGCGUCAGCUGGAAACCCGAGUCGGAGCUGGUGCAGGUUCGCAUCUUCCAUAAGGAAGCCGCUGAAGACCAAGACAACAUGACCAAAGAUGCUGCAGAUGAUCGAUCUGAGGGAAUGAUGCUCAAGCAGCGGUCCUACAAUGACGAUGAGGACGAUGACGAUGACCUGCCAUACAGACCCUGGGUCAAGCCGUCCCUUGCGGAUCUGUCCGCGAUUCCUCAGGACUACCGCGAUAAGUCUUUCGUUACUCGUGGAGGUAACCUGAAUUUCCAUACGGAGGAACAGAAGGUCACCGAAGAAAGAGAGAAGAAGGAGCUCAUGGUUACAUACAUGGAUAUCUCGGACAUCCCGCCAACACCUAAAUCUCCGCCGCCCGAGUCGGUAACGAUCACCUCUGACGGCAAAAUCUCCCAGUUGCCUCAAGGAGAACCAAAGUACGACGAGAUCCAUAAACGGUGGAAGGAGGCACAACAGUUCGGCUGGGAGGCAGCAGCAUACUAUGCGCGCAAACGCCUGGAUGCUCAGAAUGAUCCCGCCACGAAACUCAACUCGAUCUUGGGCAACCUCAAGCCAAUCGCUCCAGCAGUCGAGCCUGAGCCAUACAAUAUGACCCCACCCAAGGAAAACGCGCAACCUAUCCUGCCUAAUGCUGCUGAGAUGCAGCCUGUUCCGGUUAUUCCGUUCGAUGACAAGGUCUACGAAACCCUCAUCUCGGACAAAGUAAAGAACUGGCUGGAUCUCAAUCCCUUCAAUCCGACAGCACCACAAACCCAUCGACGACAUGAUUUCUCCGACCCGACAAUACAAACGGCCGCCGACAAUGUAGAGGAGGUAGCAGAGUCGUUAAGAGGACUUCCAUAUCCCGCAACGAGCCCGCCCGCAUGGCUUGCCAACAAUCAAGAGAGAGUAAGGGAGUGGUGGGCUGGAUACCAGAAAGACUCGGCAUCGAGAGCGAAGAAGGAGGCGGAUGAUAAGGCUCGCGCAGAGACUGAGGUUGGGGUUCAGGAACAGCAACAGCAGCAGCCAGAAGCGAUGACGCAAGAACAGAAAGACGCUUGGGCUGCAUACUACAAACAACAGGAGCAGCACUAUGCCCAAUAUAUGGCCAUGCUUCAGAGUGGCCUACCGCAGCAGCCGACCCAACCUACCCCAGCACCUGUCAUAGCAGGCGAUGCUCAACUUCAGGCCAUCCUUGCUCAAAUGAGUCAACAGCCGGCAUCCCAAGGCAAUGUAUACGGGCUCAACCCACAAGAUACCAGCUACCAACAGUUGAUGAUGCUCGCUCAACUUCAACAGCAACAACAACAACAGCCACAACAGCAGCACCAACAAGCUGCCCCGCCCCCGCCCCCGCCAGUUGGUGAACAGUCUCCUCCUAAUCAUGACCAAUCCUCAUUCAAGCUUCCGCAGCGGCAAUUGGUUGAUUACAGCGACUGGGACACUCGAGACGACUCCGACCAACAAGGUGGACGUGAGCGUGAUAGAGAACGCGGCCGUGAACGCGAGGGCAAAGGUGGCAAGCAGGGCAAGAAUCGCAAGGGCAACGCUCCCGGUGGUGCUACUCUUCCUCCUCAUCGCCCAGUUAACCGCGCCCUCAUCGGAACUAAGCCUUGCAGUUUCUGGCAGCAAGGCAAAUGCGCUAGAGGUGACAAAUGCACAUUCAGACACGACACCUGAUCCGCAAACAUAUGCGAGCUCGUAUAUAUACCAAACUUCGUUUCUGGUUGGAUGGGGCAACCAGUGCCCCCUUUUUUUUCAUUUGUGUUAAACAAUUAGGCCCGGCGCGCGAGGCGAAACAGAAACUCGUAAGAUGUCCCACGAGGGGAGGAUUCAAAAGUAUGAUGACUGGGGAAAGGGGCCAAUCGAACGGGGUUUCUUUUU